AGUCAACUAGACAUAUUCAUAGAGGUGUCUAGCGGCUUUCAAUACAUGGAAUGCAGCUUUGGAGCAUGAUCCCGUGGCAUUACAGGGUAUCAUCGAAGGACUACCAGAGAGAGGGAGUACUUGUUCCAGUACAUGGAGGAAAGCAAAGAGAUAUCCGUUUCCGAACCGCCGUCGUCGCCGUCGCUGAAGUGAUGCCUGCCACCGUGGAUUCCACCGUGGAAGUCGAAAGUCGUCCGUGGUCCUCUUCCGUACGAACGCGAGACGCUCACUCCGUCGUCGCCCUGCGACGCGAAAGUCGAACACAGACGGAAAUGCGUCCCGAAGGGUCGUCGGACGCGGCCACGUGGACGUGAUAGCAGUGCCAUCUGGCUAGGGUACAGCCCGGGAGGGAGGGAGAGUACUUACGUUGCGAGCUGGGCUCGUCCGGGGCCUUGGCGCUCUCGGUGCUCGUGAGUGUCGCUGAGGGAGGGAGGGAGGGAGGGAGGGACAGACAGAGCUUCGAGGGCGGAGCCAUGGAGACUCUGGUUGCGCGGCACAGCCAGUUCUUCUCGGGCAUUGUUCCGCGCUCCUUCGCGUCCGUCGCUCAGGGUCGACGACAUGCGCGCUACGUUUCGCGGGUGCGGACGAAGGCCACAUCGGCGCGAUCAUCGCUGGGAAAUUUCGCCGCCGUGCGGCAAGGAUUCAUCGAUUCUGUGGGGAACACGCCCCUCAUCCGACUAAACAAGGUUUCUCAGGCUACGGGCUGUGAAAUCUACGGGAAAGCUGAAUUUCUCAAUCCCGGGGGAUCCGUGAAAGACCGAGCAGCGUUGUAUAUUAUCAAGGAUGCGGAAGAGAGAGGCCUUCUCAGACCUGGAGGAGUGAUUGUGGAAGGCACGGCUGGCAACACCGGCAUUGGACUUGCUCUCGUCGCCAAUGCCAAGGGUUAUAAGACCGUCAUCGUUAUUCCGGACACGCAAAGUCAGGAGAAGAAGGAUAUGCUGCGAAUUGCCGGGGCAACUCUGAUCGAGGUCCCUGCGGUGCCCUACAAGAAUCUCAACAAUUACGUCAAGUACUCUGGCCGAUUAGCCGAAUCUAUCGCCAAGACGCAUCCCGGAGGUGCAAUCUGGGGCAAUCAGUUCGAUAACACAGCGAAUCGCAAGGCGCACUAUGAAACUACCGGACCAGAAAUUUGGGCGCAGACCGGUGGGAAAGUGGAUGGCUUCGUUUGUGCUAUUGGAACCGGUGGCACUCUUGCUGGUGUUGGACAGUAUCUAAAAGAGAAGAAUCCUGCUGUGAGAAUCGGCAUGGCCGAUCCUAUGGGAGCGGCUAUGUACAGCUACUACGCCACAGGCGUGCUUCAGUCUUCAGGUAGCUCGAUAUCUGAAGGCAUAGGGCAGGGCCGAGUGACUGCCAAUUUACAAGGCUGGGGAGUGCCGACCAGGGAAGGAGGUUCAGUCGACUUCUGGUGUCAGGUUUCUGACGAGGAAGCGCUUCCUUUGAUCUACGAUCUUCUGAAAGAAGAAGGACUCUGUAUGGGCGGCUCCACCGGUAUCAACAUCGGAGGAGCUGUGAAAUUAGCCCAGGAGCUCGGCCCAGGCCACACCAUCGUCACUGUACUUUGCGAUCUGGGUACUAGAUAUCAGGGCAAGAUAUUCAAUGUGGACUUUCUCAAAUCCAAGGGUCUUCCAUACCCGCAGUGGAUGGAAGCCGGCUACUGUGAGCUCGAUGUUCCCACAGUGUUUGAGGAGCAGCCUGUCUAAAGCUUUCCGUCGUAUCCCGCUGCCAUGUAAAUGUACGUCGCAAGGAUGUUGGUGGGGCCGGGCCCGCAGUUGUGCAGAAAUCUCAGAACUGUGUGAAGCGAGACUCUGUAGCAGAUUCUUAACAUGGACACAAAUCCUCGUCUCGAUUUCCGAAGGGAUUUAAUUUACUGAGCAGGUGUAAAGAACAGUGGAUGUCAAAUAAAUUGCUCGUUUGGACUCGACCUCAAAUUGCUCUUUGUUUUUCUACCAGAAGCCGAUUCACAUGAACAACCGGUUCCACAUGGACGCGAGUUUUGAUGACGCCGUUACCGACAACGGAUGGACAGCCAGGACUUACUACUGUCAAAAAUCAUCGCUGCCCAUGCGCCGAAUGGAUCCUCUACUUUCGCAGUGAACCCACGAUUUUGCACCAAGCAACAAGCGGGGCCUGGAACUCCAGAAACUGCCACGACCGGGAAACUGGGUCUUGGCAACCGGAACAGAAACAAAGAUUUCAGCUCCAGUGCGUUUUCAGUCUUGGAACUUUAUUUUAAUCUUCUCAAUUGAUAAAUAAAAGAAAACCGCAUCUUUCAAAUAUCCAUGCAAUAGCGGUUUUUCAUGAUAACCACCGUUCAUGAUCCAUGAAAGUGGAAUCGGAAUGGACUUGACAUUUGUAACUAAUUAGGCAUUUCGUUUCAGGAAUGAAAUAGUAUGCCUUUCUUUAUAGGAUUUGAGAUAAUCCUAUACACAAAAUGUGCUGUUGAACUGGAAAUCGUGGGAACUCAUCUACCUCUAGUUACGCCCUUUGUGUACAUUACGCGUCCAAAUUCACAUUCAUAAAAGUUCAGUCUUCUUGGUUCCGGCGAACUUUGAUGCAUUUGCACACUCUGGAC